CUAAUAUGCAAAUAAAAAAAACUGAACUCAGAAGAUGCAGCCAGUUUUAAGAGUUAGCGGACAAAUUUUCAAACCUAAAGUGGGUCAAGAGCCAAAUCUGUGAGGUAGACAGAAUCUCGAGUCCCUCGUCUCUUGGAAAAGAUAUACAAAGUUUCUCUCUGAGUCAGCAAGGGUGAUGGAUGUGCUACUCUCACCUUGUCUACCAACUGCAAGCCUGUGCCAGACAUCAAUUCCCACCUAGUGGCCAGAAACUCCAUUGCAAUAUCAUCAAGACUGGCAUAGAUCAAUGCAGGUCCCUUUCCAACAACCUCGUAAACAUGUAUGGCAAAUGUGGCCUCAUUCAAGAUGUCCUUAACUUGUUCAACCAGCUGCCCCAUAGAGACCCAAUUUCAUGGACCCCAAUUCUUACAGCCAACAACCAAGCUAACAUCCCCCACUUGACACUUUCCAUGUUUCCGGCUGUGUCCAAACAAGACAGUUUGCAACCUGAUCAUUAUGUCUUUGCUUGCCUUGUUAAGGCCUAUGUGAUCUUGGGUGCAAUUAAGCAAGGCGAGCAAGUGCAUGCAACCUUUAUUGUGUCACCAGUUUCUGAUGAUGAUGUUGUAAAAUCAUCCCUUGUUGAUAUGUAUGCAAAAUGCUGUUUGCCUGAUAUUGGUCAUGUGGUUUUUGAUUCAAUUUCUUCAAAGAAUUCAAUUUCUUGGACUGCUAUGAUUCCAGGAUAUGCUCAAAGUGGCCGAAAAUUGGAUGCUAUUCAGCUAUUCCAGAAAAUGCCAGUGAAGAAUUUACUUUCUUGGACAGCAUUGAUAUCUGGGCUGGUACAAAGUUGGGAACUGGGUUGAUUCGUUUUAUUUAUUUAUGGAAAUGAGAAACAAGGGGAU